GAGGUGUUAUGGAGACAGUGAAGCCAGAGCCGCUUGGUAGCCUACCAGGGGAGAAGAUUUCCAGUCAGCGGACUUUAAGUCUGCAGGACAACGACACGGAGGCUGGAUCACAGAUGUGGCGCAUGUUCCCGCCGCUCAGGGCCCGCUGCACCGGGAUGGACACAGAAGCCAAGUAUAUUUUCUUGAUGGACAUAGUGACGGCGGAUGACUGCAGAUAUAAGUUCCACAACUCCCGCUGGAUAGUGGUGGGGAAGGCGGAUCCGGAGAUGCCCAGACGCAUGUACAUCCACCCGGACAGCCCGGCCCCGGGCGGGCACUGGAUGUCCAGAGUGGUCAAUUUCCACAAACUCAAGCUGACCAACAACAUUUCUGACACGCAUGGAUUCACCAUUCUGAACUCGAUGCACCGAUACCAGCCCCGAUUCCACAUCGUGCAGGCCAGCGACAUGCUGAGCCUCCCCUACAGCACCUUUAGGACCUAUGCAUUCUGGGAGACGCAGUUCAUCGCAGUCACAGCCUACCAGAAUCACAAGAUAACUCAGCUGAAAAUAGACAACAAUCCUUUCGCGAAGGGAUUCAGAGACACGGGCAACGGAAGACGAGAAAAGAGGCAAAUUAUCCAGAGUUUUUAA